GUCAUUUUUACAUAAAAUAUUGAUAUUUACAUUAAUUUUACAAUGUUAAAAUUGAAAUUUGUAAUAUUUAUAAUAUUAUUUACAAGUUGGAGCCUUAACGUCGAAUUAAAUGAAGUUGAUACAAACAGUGAUUUAAUGGAAAAAUUAAAAGAUACGCCGUUACGAGCGAGUUAUAGACAUAAACAUAAAAAUAAAAUGGGUUCGACUCGUCACGGGGUGAGAAAGCGUCUAGCGGAAACGGAAAACGAUAUACGAACAUCGGAAGAUCCCCAAUGCGCCAUUUUGUAUAAAAACAAUGCGCCCGUUGGGAUAUUAGAGCCGUUUCAAGAUUCGUAUAAAUUUUUGUCGGUAAAAGGGGAACCGACAUUCGUAAAUAUUCAUCCGAUUUUUUCGGAUUAUUCACUAGACGAAGAAUCUGACGAUAAUAUUAACGAUAAUAAAGGAAAAAGGGCGAGCAGAGCUUCGUUUUCCGACGAAAAUUACCCGUCUAUUUUCACAAAAUUCCGAUUACACAACAGUAAAGAUUUAUCGAAACGUCGUAUGAUGUAUAAACGCGAAAACGACGAAAAUCCAACGGACUCAAAUCAGGUUAUAAGAGACGACGUCGGUGCGUCCGUAAUCGAAGAGAAAUUGCAAUCGAUUUUGGACGAUAUGGGAUUGUUGGACGAAUAUUCGGACGAAAACGUCAAGAGAGACGUGGAAGACGAAAAUUUAGAACUGGGAACCAAUAGAAUCGAUCUUAUAAAAGAGGGGAAGGGUCGAGCUAGAAGAGACGAUCAAAUCGACGUUGAUUUAACCGGCGGCGGUUUAAACGGCACCGAUUUAAGCGAUUUACAAAAAGGAAAUGACAGUACUGGAUUUGACAACAACUCGGAAGUUUUGAAUUUGAAUAUGAACGAUACGAAAACGUCGACGGAAGACGUGAAAAUUUUCAAAAGAUCGAACGAUUGCAAAGAAAAAUUAUCGCCGAAAGUGCUCGAAUACGAAAAGCGCGUCGAACGCGACAUAAGGGAUAAAAUAAAAAAAAUAAAAGAAGAAGUGACCAGAGAAAUCGAUGGCGCGGCCGACGAUCCGACCAGACAGAAGAGACAGAUCUUCAAUAAUCUAUUGGAGGAAGAGACCAAAGAAAUCGAUCCGAAUUUUAAUACGGAAGAAAACGACAAAAUCCAUAUACGCAAAAAGAGAAACGCGAAUUAUAAAACGGAGGAUUACGAUAACAGAUCGAAGAGAAACGACGACGUUUCGAAUCUGGACAACAAUGAAGACGAGGCGUUUACCGAUAACGAAGAUGCCGAAGAAUUGGACGAUUGUUAUUGUGACGAAAACGACAAUGAUUGCGAAUGUUUGAUAGACCCUGUAUCAUCGAACAUUGUCGCAGAAGAAGAAGAAGAUUUACCGAUAAAAUAUACGAGCAAAAAAGCCGUUAAGCAAUUAUGCAAUUGCGAUAAAGACGGCAAUCACUGCAAAUGCAGUAACAGCGAACAAAAUUUCGAUUAUUACGAAGACGAAAUCGAAUCGAAAUCAAUCGAUAAAAAAUCGAUUAAAUCAACUUGUAAUUGCGAUAAGAACGACGAAAAUUGUAAAUGUAGGAAUCUAAUAGACGACGAUUAUUCCGUGUACGAAGAAGACGAAAACGGAAUGAAAAAAAGAUCGGUAAAAGCUAGAAAAUUCGCAGACGCUAAAUCGUUUCAAAAUGGCGAAUAUUUCGUAGAUCUACAGCCGGAUUUGUAUCGAAUCGAAUCUAUAGACGAAUCUAGGAGUAAAAGAAACGAUUUCGAUGAUUUAUUGGAAAGGGAAUCGGCGAAAAAACAAUUGAUAGCCGUUAAACAAAGAAGUAUGUUACCGUUAUCGAGAUACAGAAGAAGAACGUACAAAGAAGAGCCGCGAAAACUCACCGAUAUGUCAGGAGAAGAUUUGUUCGGAGCUCUUCCGCAAAGUUUCGGCGGGGAAUUGAACAGAUAUAAGAGAGUCAAAAGGAGUAAAAGGAAAAAAUGAUGAUCCGAAUUAUCUCUAACAUUAAUUAACUGUGAAAUCUCUAUUCUAAGAUGUAUAAUUGAAUUUAGCUUUUAAUUAUGUUAUAUUUUAUCUUUUUCUCAGUGUAUAGCUUCACCGACACUCCCUAGUAAUCUUAGUGUACUUAACGUUCUCUAGGAAAGUUUUUGCGUUACGAAUUUGGUGGUUUUAUACCUACAGCUGCUAUAUACAACUAUACAGCUUUUUAUUGGUUCAUCCUUGUGUGCAAACAGGUCAAAUUGUUUCCGGCCAAGUUUCUAAGAUUGCAAAAAUAGUUAAAAAGAAGUUUUUAGGUCAGUGACUGUAUAGUUUUCGAUAACAUUGGACCUACAGCUGCUUUAUAUGACUAUACAGUUGUUUAUUGAUUCAUUUUUGUGUGCAAACAGGUCAAAUUGUUUCCAGCUAAGUUUGCAAUACUUCAAAAGUAGUUAAACAGAAGUUUUUAGGUCAGUGACUGUAUAGUUUUCGAUAAUAUUGGACCUACAGCUGCUUUAUAUAACUAUACAGUUGUUUAUUGAUUCAUUUUUGUGUGCAAAUAGGUCAAAUUGUUUCCAGCUAAGUUUGCAAUACUUCAAAAGUAGUUAAACAGAAGUUUUUAGGUCAGUGACUGUAUAGUUUUCGGUAUUAUUGGACUUACAGCUGCUUUAUAUGACUAUACAGUUGUUUAUUGAUUCAUUUUUGUGUGCAUAUAGGUCAAAUAGUUUCCAGCUAAGUUUGCAAUACUUCAAAAGUAGUUAAACAGAAGUUUUUAGGUCAGUGACUGUAUAGUUUUCGAUAAUAUUGGACCUACAGCUGCUUUAUAUAACUAUACAGUUGUUUAUUGAUUCAUUUUUGUGUGCAAAUAGGUCAAAUUGUUUCCAGCUAAGUAAGCAAUACUUCAAAAGUAGUUAAACACAAGUUUUUAGGUCAGUGACUAUAUAGUUUUCGAUAAUAUUGGACCUACAGCUGCUUUAUAUAACUAUACAGUUGUUUAUUGAUUCAUUUUUGUGUGCAAAUAGGUCAAAUUGUUUCCAGCUAAGUAAGCAAUACUUCAAAAGUAGUUAAACACAAGUUUUUAGGUCAGUGACUAUAUAGUUUUCGAUAAUAUUGGACCUACAGCUGCUUUAUAUAACUAUACAGUUGUUUAUUGAUUCAUUUUAGUGUGCAAAUAGAUCAAAUUGUUUCCAGCUAAGUUUGCAAUACUUCAAAAGUAGUUAAACACAAGUUUUUAGGUCAGUGACUGUAUAGUUUUCGGUAUUAUUGGACUUACAGCUGCUUUAUAUGACUAUACAGUUGUUUAUUGAUUCAUUUUUGUGUGCAAACAGGUCAAAUUGUUUCCAGCUAAGUUUGCAAUACUUCAAAAGUAGUUAAACAGAAGUUUUUAGGUCAGUGACUGUAUAGUUUUCGGUAUUAUUGGACUUACAGCUGCUUUAUAUGACUAUACAGUUGUUUCUGGGACAUUUUAGUGUGCAGAUGGGUCAAAUUGUAUCUAGCAAUAUUCCUAACGCUUCAAGAGUAGUUUUUAUACCUGGAACUAUCUAGAUUUUGGUAAUGAUGUUCAUUCCAAAUCUAUUUCAGUUUAUCUUCACCUUCUUAGUGGAAUAGAUUCUCAAAUAAGGCUCCUGCUUGUAAUAAUAUAAGUAUUAAUUACCAUUG